AUGGAAGAUGGUCAGACACAUGAAAACGGGCCCACCGAGACGAGCAUUCACUCGCCCGAGAGCCCAUGUUCAAAGAACAGCAGCAACCACAACAACAACAACAACAACAAAGAACAAGAUCGCUUCCUUCCUAUAGCCAACGUUGGCCGGAUCAUGAAAAAGGUGAUUCCGGGCAACGGGAAGAUCUCCAAGGAUGCAAAAGAGACGGUCCAAGAAUGUGUGUCGGAGUUCAUCAGCUUUGUCACCGGAGAAGCCUCCGAUAAAUGCCAACGUGAGAAGAGGAAGACCAUCAAUGGAGACGAUAUCAUAUGGGCUAUCACCACCCUAGGGUUUGAAGAUUAUGUGAAGCCACUCAAACAGUAUCUCAUCAAAUAUAGAGAGUUGGAGGGAGAGAAGCUUCAUGUGCCUAAGCUGCAGCAGCAGCAACAACAGCAGCAGAGGUUUGAGCAACCACAAGUACUACUACACCAUGAAAGUCAAGAACAAAAUACUAUUAUACCUUAUAACAACCCUACUCAUGUGUAUAGUACUUCUACAACUCUUAUUCCUCAGCCUUCCUUUGUGGCAGCCAAUCAACCAUUUUCAAUGCCUUAUUGA